CACAAACGUGUCUCCACAGUGAGGCUGGCGGGUGUGUUGCUCACAGUGCCUUCACAUCUCUAAUAAAACACGUCUGAUUAACGCUGCGUUGAAGCUACUUCCUCUUUUCAUAUUCUCUGUUUAGGAAACACCUGCUGCACACACCCAGAGGUGGAGGGACAACGACACUGAGGGACUCAUGGUGGUCCCUGAUGUAAAAAAAAACGUGCAGAAUGUCCCCAAAAAAAUCACCCCGACCUUCAAAGAGACACCUGAAGUGAAGCUAAGACACCACAGAAUGAAGUCUGAAGAGAUUGUGAUGAUGCGUAGGUGUGAUGAAGGGUGAUGGGAGUGAGGUCAGUGGACUGUGACCGUGACAGACUAGUGAUCUUUUAAGUGUCACAUCAGUGCAGCCGUAUGUAAAGCAGAUAAGAGUUCCUGUGUGUGUAUGUGUGUUGUGGAUUUAAUUUCAGAAACGACUGAAGAAAGCUGCAGUAAAUACCUAAACCCAUGGGCCUGAAACAUUCUAACCCCCAGUUGUUCCCGGGGGACAUCGUGGAGUAUCGCAGGAACAAAUACUUCUCUCAUUUUGCAGUGUACUACGGAGAGAGGGAUGGAGUUCCUUACGUCGCCCACCUGACAUCUCGAGAUUCAGACUCCAAGCUGCCGCUCUUUGGCCGCGCUCUGAGGUCAGAGGUCAAACUGGAUCCACUGGAGCUGCUGGGGAAAAAAUACAAGGUCAGCAACAUGCUGGACGACUUGUUCUCGGCCCGGGACUUUCACACGGUGGUGAAGCCGGCCAUCGAUGACAUGAUGGGGCGUGAGGUGACGUUCGAUAUCCUGUUUCAUAACAGCGAGCACCAGGCUACGCUUUUCAGAUACGGAGUCAAAAAGUCUGAACAGAUCGAGAGAAUUUAUGAACACAUCAUGCCGGCCUGGAAGAAGCUGUUUGAGGAGAAAAAACUCUGAACAAUGCUUUACAUUCAGUUCUCAUCUCGACCACCAGAGGGCAACAUUGUUCUGACUUCAAGGAAAAUGGUCCUGCAUUAAGAGGAAGAACCAGAUAUUUAAUGUAUAUUGACGUGAAAAUUUGAGUAAAAACAAUAUUUUAAAAGUCAUUAUUCAGAGGAAAAAUUCAUAUAUUACAAGAAAAAGUUGUAAUAUGAGCUCUUAAUGACUUUAUUGUGACUUUUUUGCUAAAUAUUUACUUUGUUCUUGAGAUAGAAAGUCUCAAAGCAGUCUGAAAGCAGCUCAAGAAAAGUGACGUCGCUUCAGGUUACAAAGGGUUUAUUCAGUUUUUAUCUAUAAUUUCUUACAUCAUUUUCCCAUCUCACUAUGUUCCUCUUCUUAAUAUUGGAGUAUUUGUUUUGUUGUCUUUUUUCUUAUUUAAACCUCCAGUCACAUAAAGCUUUGUCUGCAUUUCCAGACCAGUUGAAUAAAUCUGAGCCUUAUUCUCAUAUUUUUGUCCAUCAUGACUGUCGGUCAUAAAA